CGGGCAGUUUACUUCGGAAGGUGUGAAUGACCAAGCACAACGACGACACCGCGCCGCCGCCUCCACCCACGGCUGCGUUGAAUCGCCUCGAGGCGAUGCUGUCGCAACUGGGAAGUGGACAUCCUGCAACACUUCCUUCGUCUUCCUUGAACGAAGCUCGGUGGGAUGGAUGGGGAUACAACGACACGAGCAUUUUCUUGAACGCGGAUGGACAAGUUGAGUUUGCGGGCAACCGGUACGAAGAGAUCUUUCCCGCGGCUCGUGUCCUUCCCGCGUUGCGCGCAUGGGCCGAAUCAAAAGUCGGCUUGGACGUCAAUCGCCAGGCGCCACGGAACGCUGUACCUCCAUCCAUCAAGGAAGGCAGCGAGGUGAUGAACGUCGCAUUCCUGGAGGCCAUGGUGGCGUUGCACAUCCCCGUGAACGUCGACGCCGUCGCCCGCGUCCGCCACUCCCACGGCCAGACUUGCGGGGAAGUGUAUCGUCUGCGCACCUGCGCCGUCUUUGACCGCGUGCCCGACGCCGUCAUCGUCGCGACCUCCCACAACCUCGUGGAACAGAUCGUCGCGGCGGCCGUCCAGCACAACGUCGUGCUCAUUCCGUACGGCGGCGGCACCAAUGUGUCGAAUGCAUUACAGUGCAAACCCGACGAAAGCCGCAUGGUUGUGUCCCUCGACAUGCGCGGGAUGUCGGCGAUUGUGUCGGUGGACAAGGAGAACAUGCUCGCAUGUGUGGAAGCAGGCAUCACGGGGCUGGACCUCCACGGCCAGCUCGGCGCCCGCGGCGUCACGCUCGGCCACGAGCCUGACUCGUGGGAGUUUUCCACUGUCGGCGGCUGGGUGGCGACGAAAGCGUCGGGCAUGAAGAAGAACGUGUACGGCAACAUCGAGGACCUUGUCGUCAACAUGACGAUGGUCACGGCGGCGGGGACGCUGACGCGGUCGUGCAACGUCCCCCGCGUCGCCAUGGGCCCCGACACCCUCCAUUUGGCCAUGGGCUCGGAGGGGCUGUUUGGAGUGGUGACACGCGUGACGUUUCGCAUUCGACCGAGUCCUGAUCAUCAAGUGUACGAUUCGAUUCUGUUUCCUACCAUGGACGACGGCAUCCGGGCCAUGUACGACAUCACGCGGGCCGGGUGUGUCCCCGCUAGCAUUCGGCUCUUGGACAAUACGCAGUUUCAGCUCGGCCAGGCGUUGAAACCCACGGCGUCCAACCCGUGGACGUCGUCGCUCGUGUCCAUGGCAACUAGGGCUUACGUCACCAAGAUCAAAGGCUUUGACGUCAACACGAUGGUCGGUAUGACGUUGCUGUUUGAAGGGUCCAAAGAAACGGCCGACCGCGACCAGCGCGCGAUUCACGCGAUUGCCGCCACGCAUGGUGGGAUGGUGGGCGGCGCCGAAAAUGGGAAACGGGGAUAUUUCCUCACCUACGUCAUUGCGUACAUUCGGGACUUUGUGAUGAACUACUACUUUCUCUGCGACUCGUUCGAGACUGCCGUGCCGUGGAGCAACGUGCCGGCGUUCAUUGCCGGCGUUCGCGCGGAGAUUGAGGCGGUGGCCGCGUCCAACCGCAUCGAAGUCAAGCCGAUCGUCAUGUGCCGCGUGACCCAAGUGUACGAGACCGGCGCGUGUGUGUACGUGUACUACGGCGUCAACUUUUUUGGCGUGGACGACCCGCUCCAGCUGUUCUUUUCGAUCGAGCAGGCAUGCGUGGAGGUGAUGCUCCGCCAUGGCGCCGCUCUGAGCCAUCACCACGGCAUCGGCAAGCACCGCAAGAAGUGGCUGCCCCACGUGAUUUCGACGCCGUCGCUGCGCAUGAUCGAAGGCAUCAAGCACGCGAUCGACCCCACCAACGUGUUUGCGACCAACAACAUCAUCGACACGUAGUAGUUGCUUUCUGCUAAUCCCUUGAUGCGGACGAUGUCCUCUUGCGUGGAUGAUCCGCAGCAUUAGAAAAGUGCGCGUAGAGAAUAACAUGGAGUGAAGCACGGUUGUCGAUAGAGAUUGAAUGAACGAUUUGUGUGUGGACGGA